AGAGAGAGAGAGAGAGAGAGAGAGAGAGAGAGAGAGAGAGAGAGAGAGGCGCGCGCAAAUCCACUAAGCAAAGUGCUGUUGGUGAGCAUUGUCCAAAUGGAUGGAACGAAACCAGCUAUGGAGGCGACAAGCGAGGAGAAUCAGGAUGAAAGAGAGGAGAGCAAAGGUUGCUUGGACUGCUGCAUUAAAUGUCUGGGAGGUGUGCCGUACGCCUCACUGGUGGCCACCAUCCUGUGCUUCUCAGGCGUGGCUCUGUUCUGCGGCUGCGGGCAUGUGGCACUGACGAGCACCAUGACAAUGCUGGAGAACCACUUCUCCCACAUCAUAACCGACCAUGCCACCCUCGGUGACGUUGUUCAGAUUCUGCAGUACAUCAUCUAUGGCAUUGCCUCUUUCUUCUUCCUGUACGGCAUCAUCCUGCUGGCUGAGGGCUUUUACACAACCAGCGCAGUCAAGGAGAUGCACAGCGAGUUCAAGACCACUGUGUGUGGCCGCUGCAUCAGUGCCAUGUUUGUGUUCCUGACCUACAUCUUGGGCUUGUCUUGGCUGGGCAUCUUUGGUUUCUCCGCUGUGCCAGUCUUCCUCUUCUACAACAUGUGGACCACAUGUGCCGCCAUGAAGUCUCCCAUUGCCAACCUCACCUCUAUCGACAACAUCUGUGUGGAUGUGAGGCAGUACGGAGUCAUUCCCUGGAAUGCAGAUCCUGGGAAAGCAUGUGGACAAACCUUGGCUGACAUUUGCAACACAAGCGAGUUCUAUUUGUCCUACCAUCUCUACAUUGUUGCGUGUGCUGGAGCUGGAGCCACUGUGAUUGCACUGCUCAUCUACAUGAUGGCCACCACGUAUAACUAUGCCGUGCUGAAGUUUAAGAGCCACGACCACAGCCACACCACUAAGUUCUAAAACUUGCGCUUUCGAGAGGGCAGGCACAAAGUGUAGACAAUGUUUUGACAGAAAAGAUGAGGUAGAAGAGGGUUGAGGGAUGUAGAAAGGGAGAUAGAGCAAAGCAAGUGUGCUACUGACAUUAUGGACUAUGCUGUAGCUUACUGAGGAUUAUAUUGAUCAUCAAGAACAUGUAGUGCAGUAAAUUGUGUCUUGUUGUUGUCAAAAGAUUCGGUCUGGUUUCUAGAGAAUGUUUAUUCAGUUCAUCCAUGUCAGUGACAAGUUAGUCUUAAACCCAUUGACAUCCAUAAAACCUGUCAUAUUAACGUUAACCUAAGUCCACUAGAAACAUCUCCAGUCAUGUGUGUGCUAUAGAAUCUAAUGAGUAAGAAGUCUCAGGCCCAGGAUCAGUAUUAAUGGACUUGUUCUGUCCAUUACUUUGUACCAUAAAUGCCCUGAGGCACCAGUCGUCAAAGCCACGGCAGUUCAAAUACUACAGCCUGAAAGAGUUUAUUUAGUGGAUUAAUGCAGUGAAUGAAAGGUCACUAGAAACAUUUGGUGCAAUGUUUGAUCCCAAUUCAACUCUGACAUUCACUUUUCAUCAAUUGUACCUGUGAAGGGCAUGAAUUGUACUUUUACAGAUCCUGAGAGUUUUUCGGCUUUGCGCUAUGUAAUGUUUCUGGAUUUUACUGACUUUUGGCCAUCUUUGUACUUUUUAUUCACUGUCAAGUUUGGUUAUAUAGAAUUGCUUCCAAGUAGAGGUUCUUUUCUAAAUCUUAAUUGGAAAUAAACAAUUAUUACACA